AUGCAGGCCAAAUGGCGUGCACAACUGGACGCCCUUCCCAGCAACCCAGAGUCGAUACCUGCAUUUUUCUUCGGCCAUGGCUCGCCAAUGCUCGCAUUUCCCGAGAACACGCGUGCCGUCUUCGGAGGUCCUACCAUGUUUCAAUGGGCGGGUCCUCGCGGUCCUCUAGCCGCGUUCCUCAAAGACUUUGGCCCGACCCUACUGAAGAAGUACAACCCGAAGGCGAUCGUUGUCUUCAGUGCGCAUUGGGAGACUUAUGGCGAACGUCUAGUAGUCACCGACUACGGCGAUGAAAACCCACUACUCAUGGAUUACUAUGGAUUCCAGCCGGAACUGUACGAGCUGAAGUUCAAGUCGCGCGGUGAUUCCACUCUUGCAGCACGGAUAGUCGAGCUUUACACCAAGGCCGGUCAGAAAGCUCGCACGACACCCAAGGUGGAACCCCGCGGCGAGGAUGGACGCGGUUAUCCCGGCCCUGGUCUCGACCACGGCGUCUUCGUUCCCUUCCGCCUUAUGUUCGGCGAACAGCUCGGUGUACCUGUCGUCCAGGUGUCCAUUGACGGCAGCCUGAGUCCACAAAAGAACUGGGCCGUAGGCGAGGUAGUGUCCCAGCUCCGGCGCGAAGGCAUCCUUGUCCUCUCUGGUGGCCUCACCGCGCACAACCUACGCGAUAUCGCCUCGUUCUCGCCACAGUCGGCGAAGCCAGUUCAUCUCGAGUUCAAUGAGGCGAUACACAAGGCUGUCGGCAUUACGGAUCCCGAGCAGCGACGAAAGGCGAUGAUGAAUCUUGUUAACCAUCCGGGCUUCCGCGCGUCGCAACCUCGUGAGGAUCACUUUGUGCCGCUAUACGUUGCUGCUGGGGCUGGGGCGGAUGAGGGUGCAGUGAGGGUGAUAAGCGAUAUUUACGGGGCCCCUACCUUUGCUUUCGGGUCCCCUGCUUCUCUAGGGCUUAACUGA